UAUAUAUAUAUAUAUAUAUAUGCAAUUCGUGACACACACCACGUGCGCGCGCACAAUUACACGUGUUACUCAUCGGCAUAAGGUUUUUGGGACUGAAAGUUGUCUUUUUAUGAAAACGCGUAAUAAUUCAAUAACCAAUCAAAAGAAAAUACGAAUAUUUUUCUGCGCAUGCGUAUGUAUUGUGAUAAUAUCUGUUAUCUUUUGUAGCUGUACGUAUUAAUGUAUACUCGUACUUUCUAAUAAAAGAAUAGGAAAGGAAUAAGUAAUAAAUUAAUAUCAUUGAAGAAUCGAAAUUUACGAUUAAAUCUCUACGUAAUUUUUAGAAACGGCCUGAAAAAAGCCAAGUGAAGUAUUCACAGCAUCUGUUAUUUUUAUCAAUUGAGCGCCAUUUGAUGCGCGUGCGCGAGAUUUUAAACUCGGCUAGCAACAAUGCGACCAAUCCAGAUGAGGCAUCGAAAGAUUUAAACUUAAACGCGUACAACGAUUGCAACGUACUCUUAAUUCUGUCGUUGGGUCGUUGGUUCUGUUCUUGAAACGUUCGCUGACGUAUCGUUCCGUCUUACCUACAAAGAUUUUUCUUCAUAUUGAUAGAUUUUCCUAUAUAUCGAGCGAAGAUAAGAAUAAAACUCCAAAAGAAGAAAUUUUGGUGUAUAAAUUCUCAACGAACAAUUUGUAUGUGAAACGAGAGUCGUAAAUAACAUAAUUACAUAUCAAGAGUUGUUGGAUAACACUCAUGUUUCGAUAUAUCCAUUGCUGUUUUUCUUUAUAAUUUUGAUACCAUAACUAUCAUUUUUGUGGAAAGUAUAUACCAUACGUCUUACAAAUUUAUAUGAUGGAAGAUCAUCUUGAUCUACAAGCACCACAAUGGGUGGAUUUUACUGAAACUUCUAGUCCAAUGCGGAUUCAGGAUUUCUUUGAGAAAACACAUCCAAUACACGAAGCUACAUGCAUCGAAUCAAAAGUACAGGAAGACUUGGAUAUUAUAAAGAGUACUCCUAUCAAGGUGGUCUCUCCAAAGCAUCGUAAUAAUAAAGAAGUAGUAGAUGUAGCAGAAACCACUUAUGAUCAAGUGCUUAAUGAUGCAAUGAGAAAAUUGGAACUCUGUAAAAAACCAUCUAAAACUCGAGAAGCACUGAGUAAAACUAUUCAAGAGUCAAAUGUUUCGAAAACAUCAAAUACCACUAAACUCACUAAGUCAUCUAGAUCUGUUGGUUAUCGCGGUAUACCAAAUAAAUGUAUUCAAUCCCAACGAGACUUUAAUGUGAACGCUAAGAUCGAGAAAGAUCAGAAUCAAGCAUUGAAUAAGCACAGUUCUACAGUUCUUACCUGGUAUAACCAUAGACCAAGCUUACAAAAACGCAGAAUAUCAACAGCCAAUAAGAAGUAUGUUAGCCUAGCAGAAGCAGUGUCGCGCUUCCAAAAUGAAACUCCUCAGCGUUUCCACACUAGAAGCAACAAGGUAAACACAACUAAGCCGCUUAAUAUUUCGAAAUCGACACAAAAUCGUCUAAAAAUAACAGUACCGAUUUCACCAGCACUUAUGUCAAAGAACAGAACACGUCCUGUUACUGUACUAAGCCAACAAGAACGUGAAAUAUUGGAAAUGGAAGAAAUGAAGAAACAUCCGAUAAAAGCUAAUCCAAUACCGCCUAGCGUUCUGCGAAAAUCACGAAUUGUAACGAAAACCACUGGCGUCGUGAACAAUUCAACAGUGGCCACGAAUACCUCUUCUGUGACACAAUCCAGAGAGAAACUUUGUACUACAAGUUCAUUUAAGUCUAAGAGUCCGCAACUUCAUCGCGAUAAAGUCGGUCCAAAAAAGGUCACAAAAGUAUUAGUAACCGAUCCUUCUGGUAUUAUCGUAAAACAAGAAGAAGUAACAUUUUUCGGCGUACCAAAAGAUACCAGUGUCACGAGAAACGUAACGCGUGUUAUACCAUUUAGUUUCGAGGCGCGCAAUAAGAAUUUGCAGAUGAAGAAGGAGCAACGAUUAAAAAAUCUGCAAGAGGCUAAUAAGACCAAAGUGGAAUUCCACGCCAGGCCAGUACCGAAGUUUACGAGAUCAUUGCCGUCAUUGAUCACUAAACAACAAUCAGCAACAACUAAACAGCAAAAUACAAAGAAAUUUAUCCUCCCAAGUCCCUUCAGCUUUGAUCAGCGAGAUAAAAAAUUAUCAGAAAAAAAGGAGCAAUUAGUAAAACAAAUACUCGAUGAAGAUAAGCGAGCGCGUGUGUUCCGCGCGAAUCCAGUACCGAUUUUCAAACCCGUGAUGGUGCGCGGUAGAUCGAAGGAAAAAGACAAAAGUACGGAAAUGGUAAACGAACAAGAAAACAAACAUGAAGAUCAAGAGAACAUGGAACCGAAUGUACAGAAAACAGAGAAUACCGGUUGCACUGUUGACAAACAGAAAAUCACAUCGUUGAAAAACCGUCCACUCUUAAAUACCGAUAAACGGGCGAAAGAACGACAAGAGUUCAAUGAGAAGAUAAGACGCAAGGAAAUGGAAGAAGAAGCAAGACGUCAAGAAAUCGAAAAAGAGAAACUCGAAUCUGAAAAAGUAAUGAAAGCAGAGUUGCGUAAGCAAGCGGAAAUAAAAGCCAGACCGAUGCCAGUAUUUAAACCACCGGUCGUUAAGACAGCAACAAAACUCUUGACCAAUCCACAAAGUCCUGCAUUCGCAAGUAAACUUAAGUCAAAACAAACAUGAAAAUAACAAUUAAUUAGAGUAUUGUGCUGUAAUCUUUAAAAAGAUCUAAUAUAAUUGAUUCGAAUUAUGAAAGACACAAAUAUAAUAGGGAUUAUAUUUAUCUUUUUCAUAAUUUGAAUAAGUUAAUAUCAGAUCUUUACUUUAUUGUUCGUUAUUUAGUCCAUAUUUUUCUCAAAUUUUUAAUUAAUUUUAAUUAAUUGACCUUCAUUCUUUUUUAUUAAAUAUUUUAAAUUUAUGACAUCGUUCCUAAUAACAUAAAUAUUCUGCUUGUCUACGAUAAUUAAUGACUAUGAUUUAUGCUUUUUUCAAUAAUAUUAAAAUCGUUUAUUCGGAUAACAUUUUGUUAUUUUAAUCCAAACCAAUCUUAAAAACUCGUACAACAAUCUAAAUAAAAAAAA